ACCAAGCUGGCCCGUGGGCGUGGGGUCAUGCGGGCGCGGUGGGCCCUGAGUUGUCCUGUAGACGUGGCAUCAUGUGGGGAUGGUGGUCCCCGAGUUGUCCCACAGGGGUAAUGUCAUGUAGGAGUGGUGGGCCCCCAGUUGUCUUGCGGGGAUGAUGGUCCCCAAGUUGUCCCACAGGGAUCGUGGGCCCCAAGUUGUCCACUAGGGGUGAUGUCAUGUGGGCAUGAUGGUCCCCAGAUUGUCCUGUAGGGGUGGUGGGCCCCAUGUUGUCCCAUAGGGAUGGUGGUCUCCAAGUUGUCCUGUAGGGUGUCAGACCCCAAAUUGUCCAAUGGGGAUGCUGUCCCAUGGGGAUGCUGAUCCCCAAAUCAUCCCACAGUGAUGCUGCUCCCCCUCUCCUGUGGGAAUGCUGAUCUCCCCCACCCCUGGCCCUUCCAGCCCUCUCCAGGCAGGGUGGCAUGCUCAGGGCUGCAGUGGGUGCUCACUGAGCGGUCCCUGGGCUCCGCCUGGCCCGUCCCUGCCCCGUGUUUCUGUCCUUCCAGCAGCCCUGCUGUGUGCACGUCUCCUGUCUCUGUGUGCUGUGUGACACUGGGGACACCCCUCCGUGUCUGAGCCACGCGUCUGUGACCUCCUGCUGGUUUCUGUUCCCCUCAAUCCAUGCCAUCCAUUGCUCCUCCCGGGGUAGUGCCAGUCUCCAACCUCCAUCCAUGCUCUCCCUUCCAUGCCUGCCUGCCUCUCUCCACCAGGAGCUCUUCCCUCUGUGCCCUCUGUGCAGCUCUCACCGUGUCUUUGUCUCGUCUCUAGGAGAAGCUCCCCAUGGACCUUUCUCAGCAGGAUGGGAUAGGAUGGGAUCCUUAGGAGUGUCCAGGUGUGAGGUUCUCCCCCAGGAAGUGCAGGAGGUUGAAGCAGCCCCUGCACUCGUUUGGAUGAGUUACAGGUUGUUCAUUCCGGCUCAGUUUGGGUUUCUCCCACCUCUGGAACUGCGUCCUGUUCUUUUAAGCUGAUGUUUGAUCAGGUAUCAGCUGGGCUGAGCCUCCUGAAGUGCUUGGCAAUCAGGAUCCCACGCUGGGGAUGUGUUUUGUUGGCUUUGUGCUCCUGCUGGAGGAUUUUGAGGCUGCCAGACCCAGCUGCUGGAAAAGAAUUUGUCAGGCUCCCAAAAACCCACUCAGAAUAAUCACAGCUGUUAUUUUUAAGCCUCCAUUUCUCUGUGUUCCUGGUGGGGGAAUGGCUGGGAGUCAAUCCUCCAGGUUUUCCCUGUGGGAAGGGCUGUGAUCCCAUCAGGGGGGAUUUUUUGCAGCCCUGGCUAGAGGGUUGUAUUCUAGAGGCUAGAAUAUUAAUAUGUUAAUAUUAACAUCUGGAACAUUAAUAUGUUCUUUUAAAUAGAUUAUUUAAUAUAUCAAUAUAAAAGAUACAUUAAUAUAGAUUAUAUUAUUAUAAAUUAUGCAUUUUAUAUAAUGCAUAACAUAUAUAGAAAAAUAGAAUUGUAUGAUAAUGUAUAAAUAUAAGAAUAUAUAAAUACUGUUAUACAAUAUAUUAAUUAUAUUAUAUAAUAUACUAUAUGAAUCAAAUAUAUAGAACCUGAAAAAUAUUUUAAAAAAUUCCACUGAAGCCUCCCCCUCCCCUGUGCCUCCUUGAGAGGCUGAAAAUUCCCAAAUUUCUGGGACGAGCAGGGAAUUCACGCUGCUCUGAGCAUCAGCCACGCAUCAUUUCCACCGUGUUCCGUGGAAAAGGGCCAGGAGCAGCAGGGUGAGCUCCUGGUGCACCUGCCAUUCCUCCCUCUCCUUGAUAUCAGCUCCCCUCCCUGCUGCCCAGCACACAUCUGCUUCCAGGAGCUGCAUCCUGGUGGGGCGGGAGCAGAAAAUGGGGGAAUGGAUCAAACCCAGGGCUCUGCCUGCCGUUGCUGGGGCUGCAGCGUGCCUGUGACAGCCCCAGGCAGCCCUGGAGCCCAGCCCCAGGAGGUGUGAGCGGAUUUUUUUUAGCCCUGUCAGCUCUGGAAAGGAACAGGAGAAGCUCAGAGCUCAGGGCUGGGGAGCUGUGGGAAUGCAGAGCUGGGGAAGGGCUUGGCAGCACUUUAACCCCUCUUUAAGGAGCACCUGCCUGACAAACCCUGAGCUCUCCCGCCUUUUCCAGCAGCCAGGCCAGGGAGGCAAAGCCAAACAAAACCAUCCAAGCCAUUAAAAGGGAGGAAAGUGAUUGGGAGAACAAUUGCAAAACACAUCUCCCAGGAAUUUCUAUUUUGUAGCUAGCUGUUAAGAGCUCGCUUGUUUGUUUGUUUUCAGCUCCGGUCUUCAUUCAAAAACAAGUUUUGCAAUUUCAAUUGGUAAAAUAAUAAUUGUUGAUAAGUAUCCAUCAUCAAAUUUAUUGGUUUGAACCCCUCUGGGUGCUGCAGCUCAGAAAGAAGGGAUGGCGUGAGGCUGGUGUGGCCAGGCGUGAAGGAAAGAAGGAAGAAAGGUGUCUGUAGCUGCAUCUGUCUUUUCCUCUCUCUGCUGUCCUCUCUUUCUCUCUCUCUCUUUCCUCUUUUGUCUGUGUCUUGUGUUUUACAGUGUUGCCUGUGUGGAGGAAGGAGUUCUGUCCUGGCACCACCCUCCUGCUCCCUGCCCGGACACCUCAGCUGGGAGCUGCCCCUGCUCCGUGGCCCCUCUCACUGCUCCCACCUGGCCCUAGCUGGGCCUGAGAGCCCCCAGGAUGGAGAGCUUGCCCAGGGAGCCCCCAGGAUGGAGAGCUUGCCCUGGGCUCUGUCCCACCCCUGGCCCCAAACCCUGCUGGAGUGGAAAUUGCUCUUGCCCGGUGCCCGCUGUGCCCUCCAGGCAAAGGAGAGUGGGAGCAGAGACCUGGGCGCUCCCAGCCCCUGCCUGAGCGUGGAGUGCUCCUUCGGGGCCACGUGCGUGGUGAAGAACCAGGAGGCCGUGUGCGAGUGCCAGCAGCAGUGCCAGGGCCGCUACGACCCCGUGUGCGGCACCGACCAGCGCAGCUACGGCAGCGCCUGCGAGCUGCAGGCCAUGGCCUGCCUGCUGCAGAGGGACAUCGGCGUCAGGCACAAGGGGCCCUGCGAGCCCUGCGGGAAGUGCCAGUUUGGUGCCAUCUGCGAGGCGGAGACGGGGCGCUGCGUGUGCCCCACCGAGUGCGUGCCCUCGGCGCAGCCCGUGUGCGGCACCGACGGCAACACCUACAGCAGCGAGUGCGAGCUGCACGUCAGGGCCUGCACCCAGCAGAAGGACAUCCUGGUGGCUGCCCAGGGCCCCUGCAAGUCAUGCGGCAGCUCGGUGUGCUCCUUCGGCAGCCGCUGCGUGGCCGGGCAGUGCCUGUGCCCGCGCUGCCAGCGCCAGCCCCCGGCGCCCGUCUGCGGCACCGACGGCGUCACCUACGGCAGCCCCUGCCAGCUGCAGGAGGCCUCGUGCCAGCUGCAGAGGAGCAUCGAGGUGGCCAGGAUGGGACCCUGCGAGGACGAGUGUGGCUCGGGGGGCUCGGGCUCAGGGGAUGGCAGUGACUGUGAGCAGGAGCGCUGCCGCCACUUCGGGGGCUGGUGGGACGAGGACGCCGAGGACGAGCCCUGCGUCUGUGACUUCACCUGCGUGGCCGUGCCCCGCAGCCCGGUGUGUGGCUCUGACGGCGUCACCUACGCAAACGAGUGCGAGCUGAAGAAGACGCGGUGUGAGAAGCGCCAGGAGCUCUUUGUCACCAGCCAGGGAGCCUGCCGGGCCCUGGCCACCACCCCGCCACCCCUGCUGGUCGUGCACUGCAGCCAGAGCGUCUACGGCUGCUGCCCCGACAACGUCACCCUGGCGCUGGGCGUGGGAGCUGCUGGAUGUCCCAGCACGUGCCAGUGCAACCCCUACGGCUCCUACGGCGGCUCCUGUGACCCGGGCACGGGGCAGUGCUCCUGCAAGCCCGGCGUGGGCGGCCUCAAGUGCGACCGCUGCGAGCCCGGCUUCUGGAACUUCCGCGGCAUCGUCACCGACGGCCGCAGCGGCUGCACCCCGUGCCACUGUGACCCCGUGGGCUCAGUGCGGGAUGACUGCGAGCAGAUGUCGGGGCUGUGCUCCUGCAGGACGGGCAUCACGGGCAUGAAGUGCACCCAGUGCCCCGACGGCAGCACCCUGGGCACCACCGGCUGCCACAAGGACCCCUCAGCCCCCAGGUCGUGCGAGGAGCUGAGCUGUGACUUCGGGGCCUCGUGCGUGGAGCUCAACGGCUUCGCCCACUGCGAGUGCCCGUCCCCGCUGUGCCCCGAGGCCAACACCACCAAGGUGUGUGGCUCUGAUGGUGUCACCUACGGGGACCAGUGCCAGCUACGGACCAUCGCCUGCAGGCAGGGCCAGCACAUCACGGUCAAGCACGUGGGGCAGUGCCAUGAGUCCAUCACGCACACGAUGUCCCCGGUGUCCCCCACGCCGCUGCCCACGGUGCCCCCGGAGCUGCCCGCGCCCCCUCGGGCCACCCUGCGCUCCCCCCUGCCCACCGGGGCGGCCACCAGCCCGUCACCGCCGCCAGCCAGGCCCACGGAGCGCGGCCACCCCACCACCAGGCGUGUGACAACGGCCAGGCCGGCCACCACCACGGCCUGGGUCACCCACGGCGUGCACAAGGCCACCGUCCGCCCGCUGGCCACCGCGCCCGUGGUGGCAGCCACCAGCCAGCCCGGCUACGGCGAGUCCGGCAGCGCCGAGGGCAGCGGGGACCAGGACAUGGGCACCAGCGGGGACCAGGAGGCCAGCGGGGCGGGAUCUGCUGGUGAGGAGGAGCCUGAUGAGGGCCAGGUGACAGCCACGCCUGCCAUCGAGAGGGCCACGUGCUACAACAGCGCCCUGGGCUGCUGCUCCGACGGCAAAACCGCAGCCGCCGACGCCGAGGGCACCAACUGCCCCGCCACCAAGGUGUUCCAGGGAGUGCUGAUCCUGGAGGAGGUGGAGGGCCAGGAGCUGUUCUACACCCCGGAGAUGGCCGACCCCAAAUCCGAGCUCUUCGGGGAGACGGCGCGCAGCAUCGAGAGCGCGCUGGACGAGCUGUUCCGGGGUUCUGAUGUCAGGAAGGAUUUCAGGAGCAUCCGAGUGCGGGACCUGGGCCAGAGCAGCGCCGUCAGGGUCAUCGUGGAGGCCCACUUUGACCCAGCCACGUCCUACACGGCCGCCGAUGUGCAGGGGGCCCUGCUGAAGCAGCUCCGGGCUGCCAAGAGGAAAACCAUCCUGGUGAAGAGGCCCCAGCAGGAGCACAUCAAAUUCAUGGAUUUUGACUGGAUCCCUCGGCUCUUCACCACCACGGUCACCACCACCACGGCCACCACCAUGGCCCCUGGCACCACGCGCAGGGUGCCCGCGGCCACCGCGGCCCUGGGGCAGCACGGGGAGCCCGCGGGCAGCCCCGGCCCCGUGGGCACCACCCGCAGCCCCACGGGCACCACCCGCAGCCCUGGCAGCAGCAGCAGGAGGGGGAAGCCCACCCAGCUGCCCCCUGGCACCCCUCCGGCACGGCCCUGCGAGUCUCAGCCCUGCCUGCACGGUGGCACCUGCCAGGACGACGGGCACCGCUUCACCUGCAGCUGCCCUGCGGGCACAGGAGGGGAUCUCUGUGAGAAAGCCCCGAGCGGGUCCGUCCCCAGUUUCGGGGGCAGCUCGGUGCUGGCGUUCCGGACCAUGCGCGCGUACCACACCGUCAGGAUCUCCAUGGAGUUCCGCGCGCUCGAGCCCCGCGGGCUGCUGCUCUACAACGCCCAGCGCCACGGCAAGGACUUCAUCUCCCUGGCGCUGCUCGGCGGCUUUGUGGAGCUCAGGUUUGACACGGGCUCUGGCACGGGCACGGUCACCAGCCGCGUGCCGGUGGAGCCAGGGCGCUGGCACCGGCUGCUGGUGACGCGGAACCGGCGCAUGGGCACGCUGGCUGUGGACGGGGAGCCCCCGGUGAGCGGGCACAGCCCCCCGGGCACCGACGGGCUCAACCUGGACACCGAGCUCUUCAUCGGGGGAGUGCCCCAUGAGCACAUGGCGCUGGUGGCGGAGCGCACGGGUGUCACCAGCGGCCUGCGGGGCUGCGUGCGGGCCCUGGCCAUCAACAACCGCGGGCACGAGCUGCACCCGGGCUCUGCCGACGUGCUGUACGCCACGGCCGUGGGCCAGUGUGGCACCGACCCCUGCCAGCCCAGCCCCUGCCACCACGGCGGCACCUGCCACACCAGGGAGGCCGACAUGUUCCACUGCCAGUGCCCCGAGGCCUACACGGGCCCCACGUGUGCCUUCGAGAGGAACCCGUGCGAGCCCUCUCCGUGCCACGCCUCUGCCACCUGCCUGGUGCUGCCUGCUGGGGGGGCCCUGUGUGCCUGUCCCAUGGGCCGUGAGGGGGACCUGUGCGAGCGAGUGACAGAGCAGGACCAGUCCGUGCCCUUCCUGCCCGAGUUCAACGGCUUCUCCUACCUGGAGCUCAACGGGCUGCAGAGCUUCGUGCCCGACCUGCAGGACAAGAUGUCCAUGGAGGUGGUGUUCCUGGCCAAGAAGCCUAGCGGGAUGAUCUUCUACAACGGCCAGAAGACCGAUGGCAAGGGGGACUUUGUGUCCCUGGCACUGCACGAGGGCCACCUGGAGUACAGAUACGACCUGGGCAAAGGGCCAGCCCUGCUCAGGAGCAAGGAGCCCAUACCCCUGGACACGUGGGUCAGUGUCCUGCUGGAGAGGAGCGGCCGCAAGGGCGUCCUGAGGGUCAACAAUGGCCAGAGGGUCACAGGGGAGUCCCCGAAAUCCCGUAAGGUGCCUCACAUGGUGCUGAACCUGAAGGAGCCCUUCUACGUGGGGGGAGCCCCCGACUUCUCCAAGCUGGCUCGAGCAGCUGCCAUCUCCAGCGGCUUCGAGGGAGCUGUGCAGAAGAUCUCCGUGGGUGGCGUGUCCGUGCUGAAGGAGGAGAACAUCCGCAGUGCCAGGGAGGUGUCCCCGUUCCAGGGGCACCCCUGCACCCAGAAACCCAACCCGUGCCAGCACGGGGGCACCUGCAGCCCCAGCCUGGGCAGCUACCAGUGCUCCUGCCACAGGGGCUUCUCGGGGGCACACUGCGAGAAAGUGAUCAUUGAGAAGGCAGCAGGGGACGCCGAGGCCGUGGCCUUCGAUGGCCGCACGUACCUGGAGUACCACAACAGCAUCACCAAGAGCCACCUGAGCAAUGAGAUCCCAGCUCCCGAGGCGCUGGAUUUCCCCUCGGAGCCCAGUGAGAAGGCCCUGCAGUCCAACCACUUUGAGCUGAGCAUCAAGACGGAGGCGACGCAGGGGCUGCUGCUGUGGAGCGGGAAGGGGCUGGAGCGCUCGGACUACAUCGCCCUGGCCAUCGUGGACGGGCGCGUGCAGCUCAGCUACGACCUGGGCUCCAAGGCCGUCACCCUGCGCUCCAGCGUGCCCGUCAACACCAACCAGUGGGUGCACAUCAGGGCCUCCAGGGUGCAGAGGGAAGGCUCCCUGCAGGUUGGGAACGAGGCCCCCAUCGCCGGCUCCUCUCCCCUCGGGGCCACCCAGCUGGACACGGACGGGGCGCUGUGGCUGGGUGGGCUGGACAAGCUGAGCGUGCCCCAGCGCCUGCCCAAGGCCUUCAGCACGGGUUUCGUGGGCUGCAUGCGGGAUGUGCUCGUGGACCGGCGGGAGCUGCACCUGCUGGAGGACGCCCUGAACCAGCCGCGGAUAUUGCACUGCUCGGCCAAAUAGAGCCCAGGGACCUCCCUCCCGCCUCCCUCCUCCCUCCCUCCUGCCUAUUGCUGUAAUUAUUUUCUAUUUUUGUAAACUUAUUGCUUUUUAUAUUUUUGGGGGGGACAGGGAGGGCAGGAAACCCUUUUUGCUUUCGGGCUCUGGGCCCGAGCAGCGGAACAAAGCUCGAGAAGUGACACCAGAACUCUCCCACUGCAGCGUCGAUCAUCUUCAUACUUGAAGCUUCUUUUGUUUUGGGGUUGUUUUCCCCCUUUUUUCCUGCUGUUUUUGGGGGGUUUGUUCCCAAAAACAACCCUGUUUUCCCGUGGGGGAAACGCUGCUGGUGCUGGCGAGGCCUUCACGGAUUGGCGGGGUGGGAAUUCCCGCCCUGCUCCGGGCUCUGGCUCUUCCAAACCUUCUCUGGCCCCGUGUUCACCUGAUUCCUGCUGCCCCCGUUCCUCUCACUGUAAUUUAUGUGUGUAAGGAUCUCAAGUGCUUUUCUCCUCCGAGCUCUGCUCAAAUCAGGGAUGCCACGCACUGGAAGGGAGAGAGCCGGGCCCAAGCUUCGCUCUGCGCUCUCCUCAGGACUCUUUGCUGGACUCAGAGGUGCUGGGGAGGCAAAAAUGUGGAUUUUUCCAGCGGUUCUCCUCCUCCUCCUCCUCUCGGACACGUGCAGGAGCAGCUGUGAAACCUCAUUGCCACAUUUUGUGUUCAUCCAGACGUGUCCUGACCCCUCCCCGGCCACCGAGCCUUGGCCUCCCUCAUGCUGGGGAUCACUUGGAGCUCCUCUCCAAGAGCUGGGAAUUCUCUCCCUCUCCCAAGAGGACCAGGACAUUCCCUGUUCCUCCUCAGAGAUCUCCUGGACGUGUCCUUCCACGCCCCACAGCCUUCUCCAGCCUCUGGCUCCCAGCCUGGCAACGCAGAGCUGCCACUGGAGCCUCUCCCACCAAGAAAAUUGGGAAUUUUUCACCUUGGAUUUGGAGUUUUUGGGUCUUCCACAUCCUCUGGAUGCUGCCAGCCCUGCAGGAACGUCUCCAACGGGAGCAGGAGCGGGGCUGGGGGGUAUUUGGGGGGAAUUUGAAGCAUUUUCUUCCAGGAAAGGAAAGUUUUGGGGCCAGUUGUGAAGUUUCUGGGGUGUGGCUGCACCUCUGGCUGCAGCUCAGGGUCCUCUGGAUGUGGAGAAGAACAGAGGGAUCCCAGCCCUGGAAGAAAUCCCAUCUUCCAUUGGGAUUCCUUCUCCAUGGAAGGAUUUCCUGCUGUUUGUGGCCUCUGUGUCCCUUUCCCACCCUCAGCUGGAAUUCUCUGUGGAAAAACAACUUUGGGGAUUCAUCUGCAGGAUCCCACCAGGUCCUGGGUGGGAGUUCCUGCCCAAGGUGCCAGAAUUUGGCGCUUUUUUCCCCUAAAUUUCUACCCCACCUUGCAGGGCACCCUUUGAAAUGGGAGUUUUGGCACCAACUUUUGAGCCAGGAAAGAUCAAAUUUCUUCUCUCAGGGUGAGCUCUGAACAAAGGUGGAACCAAGAGGGAAAACCAAUGGAAAAACCACUUGGAUCUGCUUUGAUUUUGUUUAUUUGAUUUUUUAAAAAAAUAAAUAUUUCCAACCUGUGAGAUUCCUGUGGAAAAUGCAGGGUUAAACAUUCCAUGAGGGCUGUGCCCUGUGUGGGAUGGGGGCUCUGCUGUGCCUGGGGGUUCUGUGAGUGCCAAAAUUCCCAUUUUUGGGGGCUGCUGGGUCCAAAUUGGGAUUCCUGGUGGGAAAUGCUGGGCUGGGAUGGGAGGGAGGUGUAUGGGAGAUUCCCCAGUCCCAAUUUUGGGAAUUUGGAAUGGCAUUCCCAGCUGGGCUGGUGUUCCAGCUAAAUCCAGAGGGAUGGGGAAGCUGCUGAUGUUCAGGAUAAAGUCAAAGAGCAAAAAAAAAGCCCCAAGAAUUGAACAAAAAUAAAUAUAAAAUCUCAUUCUGCUUUCGCUGGGGCUUGGAAAUGCCUUAAACCAGGAUUUGUGUCCUCAUGGGUGAGCAUUGGGAAUUUCCAGCAGCGCAUUCACCUGGGCUUUAUUUUUAACAACAUUUCUACCACAGAACGUGCCAAAAAAAACAACAACAAAAAAAAAAAAGAACAUCGAGGUUGGGCUUUUUUUUCUGGAUUUGAUUUUUUUUGGCUUUUUUUUUAAUUUAAACCCCUGAGGUGUCCAUGGAGAGGGUGAAUUCCUGACCUGGGGAGCUGCUGGCUGAGCUGUGGCGGGCGAUGCGCAGUAGAGGAGCAGCAUGAUGUAACCAUUACUAACUCGUGUCUUUCGUCAAAUCACCCAGAAAUAAAGUUUGGAAACGAUUAAA